AUGGCCACCCUUCUCAGAGCUAACCGCACUCGACCGGUCUCGUCUGCUAUUGCCCGGGCGCGUUUCUCCACCACCGCUCCGAAAAAUACUUCGUUGAAGGAGCGUCUGGCAGAACUUAUUCCUGCGGAACUUGAGAAUGUUAAACGUGUCCGUGCUGAGCACGGUAAAAAAACCUUUGGCCCCGUAUUGGUUGACCAGCUCUACGGGCGAGUCGGAGCGAUUCACGGUGGUAUGAGAGGUCUACCUGCGUUGAUCUGGGAUGGCUCAGUUCUGGACGCGGAGGAGGGUAUCCGUUUCCGGGGGAAGACUAUACCCGAAUGCCAGCAACUUCUUCCGAAAGCCCCCGGUGGCCAAGAACCGCUUCCAGAAGGACUUUUCUGGCUUCUCGUCACUGGAGAAAUUCCCACUCAAGAGCAGGUUACUCAACUCUCAAAAGACUGGGCCGCGCGUGCUGCAAUCCCUGAAUUUGUCGAAGAAAUUCUUGAUCGAUGCCCACCUACCCUGCACCCGAUGAGCCAAUUCAGUUUGGCCGUCACGGCGCUCAACCAUAACUCGGCUUUCGCCAAAGCGUACCAAGAUGGUGUCUCCAAGAAGGAGUACUGGGGACCUACUUUUGAGGACUCAAUGGACCUAAUUGCCAAGCUGCCGAACAUUGCCGGUCGUAUUUACCGAAACGUCUUCGGGCAGGGCAAACUGCCUGCUAUUGACGCCAGCAAGGACUACUCUCACAACUUGGCCACUCUUCUUGGCUUCGGCGAGAACGAUGCCUUUGUCGAACUGUUGCGCCUCUACAUUACGAUCCAUAGUGACCACGAGGGUGGCAAUGUGUCUGCCCAUACCGGCAAGCUUGUUGGCUCAGCUCUCUCUGAUCCUUUCCUGGCAUUUGCUGCCUCCCUCAACGGUCUUGCCGGGCCGCUCCACGGUCUCGCAAACCAGGAGGUUCUCAUUUGGCUGAACAAAAUGCAGGCUAAAAUUGGCGAGAACGCGAGUGACGAGGCUGUUAAGGAGUAUGUGUGGUCUACCCUCAAGGGUGGCCAGGUGGUCCCUGGUUAUGGUCAUGCUGUCCUCCGCAAGACGGACCCAAGAUACACUGCUCAACGUGAAUUUGCUCUCAAGCACCUCCCCAACGAUCCUCUGUUUAAGCUUGUCGGUCAAAUCUAUAACAUCGUCCCUGACAUUCUCCUCGAAGCGGGUAAGGCCAAGAACCCAUGGCCUAACGUCGAUGCUCACUCUGGUGUCUUAUUGACCCACUACGGCCUCACUCAAAUGCAAUUCUACACUGUACUUUUCGGUGUUUCACGUGCUUUCGGUGUUGCGGCGCAACUUAUUUGGGAUCGUGCCCUUGGUGCUCCGUUGGAACGUCCCAAGUCAUACUCGACUGCUGCAAUCGAAAAAAUGUUCAAAAACAAGGCUUAG